AUGGUGUCAGACAACUACAGCAACCCAUUGCCCAAGCGGCGUAAACUUGCCGAUCUACCAGACGAGGUAGCCCCCACCGGUCCCCCAGAAUCAAUCUCCGGCACGUCCAAAAGCCUCGAAAGACCCAUCAGUCCGCCGCUCCGUAGACGAAAAAGCCCUGCAUUGCUGCUCGGCGCUGAUGACGUAGCACCACAAGCUUCGCCACUGCCAUUCAGAGCCCUGGAUUCUGCAAGAGCGUUCGAACAGGAAACAGCAAAGCAUGGACAUGAGAGGUUCAUCUCUUCACCUGUUCAACUCACUAGGAUUCAGGACCUUGCACCGUGGCAGAAUGUUGAUACGGUAGGGUUGGGCGAUUUGCUGGGGGAUCCGAUGAUUAGGGAGUGUUGGUGUUUUAACUAUUUGUUUGAUUUGGGGUUUGUUAUGAAGCAUUUCGACCAUGAUACGAGGGAUAUUGUCAAGGUCAAGAUCGUCCAUGGGUUUUGGAAGAGAGAUGAUGAGAGGAGGAUUGCUUUAAUGGAGACGGCAGAACAAUUUCCAAACAUGGAAAUCCUGAGUGCCUACAUCCCCGAUCCCUUCGGCACCCACCACUCGAAAAUGCUUAUUCUCUUCCGCCACGAUGGCCUCGCACAGGUCAUCAUACACACCGCAAACAUGAUCCCCAAGGAUUGGACCAACAUGACGCAGGCAGUGUGGCGGUCGCCUCUUCUUCCACUGCUCCCUCAAUUGCCAACAUCCAGUUCAGCGGACAUCCACUACCCGAUAGGCAGCGGCGAGCGCUUUAAAGUCGACCUCCUGCGCUAUCUCAACAAGUACGAAAAGCGUGUAUCAGGACUACCAAAGCAACUCGCCGACUAUGACUUCCACGCUGUGAGGGCAGCGUUCGUUGGAAGUGCGCCGUCACGGCAGGAUCCUAGUACCACACAGCCUGAGAGGCAUACAUCGUUUGGCUGGCUUGGGCUACAAGAGAUCUUGUCUGAAGUGCCUGUAUCGAGCGAGGGGAAGGCGCCACAUAUCGUAACCCAAAUCUCGUCCAUAGCAACGCUGGGUGCGGCCCCAACAUGGCUGACCAACUUCCAUUCUGUUCUCAGCCGGCACAGUGCUGUACAGAAUGGACCUGAAGUAGGCUCUACAAGUACAUCUCCGGAUGCAAAGUUCAGUGUCGUCUUCCCUACCCCAGAGGAAAUACGCACUUCCCUCGACGGCUACAAAUCCGGCGGGUCGAUACACAUGAAGCUUCAAUCUACGCAGCAGCAGAAACAACUCGAAUAUCUCAAACCAUUGCUCUGUCAUUGGAAACACUCGCCAACAACCACACCCACCAGCUCCCAUUCCUCCACUUCCGAGUCUUCUCACGACGUCGACUCUCCUCCCUUUGGUCGGGCACUUCGCGGCCCUGCGGCCCCGCAUAUCAAGACAUAUAUGCGCUUUAGUAAUGACGAGCACAAGACGAUCGACUGGGCGAUGCUAACAAGUGCAAAUCUGAGUAAGCAGGCAUGGGGCGACGUAGUGAAUAAGAAAGGAGAGGUCUGGGUGCAGAGUUGGGAGACGGGUGUUGUUAUUUGGCCUGCACUAUUCGCCGAGGACGCGGUUAUGGUGCCGACAUUUGGACAGGAUAUGCCGACGCAGCAGGAAAAAAUAGACAAGGGAGAGCAUGCUGAAGAGUCGAGCGAGGCACGACAUGCCAGCAAGAACAAGACAGUCGUGGGGUUCCGCAUGCCGUACGAUCUUCCUCUCAGCCCUUACGCAGCAGAGGAUAUGCCUUGGUGCGCUACAAUGCAGUACCAAGACCUGGACUGGAAGGGUUGUGCGUGGGGCGGGUGGUAG